CCAAUGGCGGCGGCGAAGCCGAGCCCGAUUUUGGCUUCUCCCCGAAGCCAUAAGCCCACCACUUCUCUCUCCUCGCCUCACUCGUUCGUGGCCUCAAACGCCUCUCUUUGGCACGAGCACAAACACCUUAAGCGCAUCUCCGUUGGGCUCAAAUGGAACGCUCCGUCCAAAUCGACCUCUCGUGCAUCCCCGGUUGUAGCUGAGGCAAAACCGGCACCACUGCGGAUAAUGAUUUCGGGGGCGCCGGCUUCUGGAAAAGGAACACAAUGUGAGCUCAUAAAAAAAAAGUUUGGGCUGGUACACAUUUCUGCUGGGGAUUUGCUUAGGGCGGAAAUUGCCGCUGGGACUGAUAAUGGGAAGCGGGCCAAAGAAUACAUGGAGAAGGGCAAGUUGGUCCCUGAUGAAAUCGUUGUUUUGAUGGUGAAGGAACGGCUCAUGCAACCUGAUGCUGAAGAAAAUGGUUGGCUGUUGGAUGGAUAUCCGAGAAGCUUAUCUCAGACAAUGGCACUUGAGGAUCUUGGAAUUCGACCUGAUCUUUUCAUUCUUCUAGAAGUUUCCGAUGAAAUUCUUAUUGAGAGAGUGGUCGGACGGAGACUUGAUCCUGUUACUGGAAGAAUAUAUCAUUUAAAGUACUCUCCACCUGAGAAUGAGGAAAUCGCUUCAAGGCUUACUCAACGCUUUGACGAUACAGAAGAAAAGGUAAGGUUGAGGUUGCAGACUCAUUAUCAAAAUGUCGACUCUGUACUUUCAAUAUAUGAUGACAUAAUAUACAAGGUAAAUGGCAAUGCCCGCAAGGAAGACGUGUUUGCGGAGAUUGACAAGGCAUUGUCUUCGAUCCUUGAGAAGAGAGAGAAAAUGGAUUCGGCAUCCAUCGCCGCAGGUUUGGCUCAUUAGAUUUCGCCACCCUCUCAUGUAACUGUUGUUGAUUCCACACAUAAGCUGCCAAAGGCUUUAACAUUGUGAAGGUUGUCGCUAAUAUUAUUGUUAGAAAACAAGAAUGGCAACAAAGCUUGUAAGAGAAUCAAAUAGCGCAAUCGGUGCAAAGUAAAUGUUUAAAUUGAAGGAAAUCCUGUAUAAGGUUGUGUUUUGAAACCUUGUUAGUUAGUAUCUCUUUAAAUAGACUACAAGGUUUCAUUAUUAUGCUUGUAGUAGAGUUGGGUUUGGUGUAGCUUUCAAGGCUUCCAAGGAGAAAUGUGAGAUUUUAUGCUUGUGGGCUGUGGAUUGUUACAAGCAUAUUUCUUGUGAA